AUGGAUGCCAAAGAGAUCGAAGCCAAGGCCAAAGCCUUGACCAAGGCCGCGACGCAGAAUGAGAGUGGCUCCACGAUUCUCGGCAUGCUGAAGGAUAUUCAACAAGGCGUCAAGGCGACGGAGGAUCUGUUGCGGCAGACGCGCAUCGGUAUCAUCGUCAACAAGUUCAAGCAACACAAGUCCCCGGAGGUGGCACGGUUGUCAAGCGAGAUUGUGUCGAAGUGGCGGAAUGAAGUCAACAAGCAAAAGCAGGGCGGUGCAUCAGCAGCGAGUCGGGGCUCGAGCUCACCACGGCCAGCACAGAACGGCACCGGCGCAUCCACACCCGCGGCAGCGACCCCGUCCGAUAAGGCAUCAAAAUUGUCCGUUCCACCAGACAAGCGGACGUGGAAGGCCGACGGGGUGGACACGGCUGUGACCGGGAACAGGGUGCGCGACAGCUGCAUGGGGCUGAUGUACGACGGCCUGUGCCUGGGGUCAGUCGAGUCGCCCAAGACCGUGCUCGCAAAGGCCUCGGCCGUCGAGAAUGCCGCAUACAAGUUCCUGGGUCCGGAGACCAAGGAGCAAUACCGGACCAAGAUGCGCAGUCUGUUCCAGAACCUGAAGAAUAAGUCGAACCCCAACCUGCGCAUCCGCGUGCUCGCCGGUGAAAUCAGCCCGGACGACUUUGUGCGCAUGUCCUCGGAUGAGCUGCGGUCCGCGGAGCAGCGCGAGGCCGAUGCCAAGAUCAAGAAGGAGAACAUGGACAAGGCCAUGGUGGGCCAGCCCGAGCGCAGUGUCAGUACUAGUCUGCAGUGCGGCAAGUGCGGCCAGCGCAAGGUAACCUACACCGAGGCACAAACCCGCAGUGCUGAUGAACCAAUGACGCUGUUCUGUACGUGCCUGAACUGUGGGAAGUCCUGGCGCCAGUGA